AUGCAAUCGAAUAAACAAAAGCUUAGAGAAAUCCAAGUUCUUCUUCACAGGCAUUCAGGAUCAUCGAACAAGGAUAUAAGACGUAUACUGACCGAUAUGAGUGCAUUUCCAACGCCACAGUCGGUGUUGAGUAUAUUUGGCCGUUUGUUUAGCUUGGUAAAAUACAGCAACAAAGAGAUGUUGUGGUUUCUGGAUGUAUUUUUACAAUUCAGCGCAAUGGAUGGAGUAGAUUUAAAUGCCAUUGGAAGUAGGAUAGUUGAUCUGAAGUUUGCACCGGCUGAGAAAGAUACUGAUUCUGUGAUUCUGAAAUACUUUGAGGUUGCAAAUGCAAUAAGAAAAAAUCUUUCGUUUGAAGAGUCUAAAUGCAUACUUAGCAGAUACAUGUUUAUUCUUGGGGAUGAUGUUGUUAGCAGGGGUGCUAUACUGUGCAUUCUGCAGAUGCUUAAAGUGUUUCUUGGCCAUGGGCAGAUACGUACAUUGUUUGUCAAUAGGAAGAUGUACAGAAGCAUUGACUGGAUGAGAGGAGGAAUGGGAGAUUUUUGCAAAGUACUUGGAGACGAGGAGAUUGUUGACAUUACACUAGAGCAUGAACAUUUCAGAACGAUUGGGAUUGACAUGACAAGAAGCAGAUAUCUAUUUCAAGUGUUUUAUGCAUCAAUGCCUAAAUGGUACCUUGUAGGAAUGCAUCAAUCCUUAAUUCCAUAUCUGUAUUAUGCAUUUGAUGGGAUUGGCAUAUACAAGAAUGUAUGUGAAGAGAUCUGUAACAGACUUCCUAUUGAUGAAAUAGUGCAGAUGAUUAAUGAAGAUACGGAAACAGGUGAUGUAGAAAGUGAUUGUCAAGUAUUUUGGCAUAGUGAAUGUGAACGAUUGGAAGCACAUGUAGAACAGAAAGUUAUAAGCAUGGAAGAAGAUAUAAGAAGGUUUAAUGAAGAUGGAGAUAUGCAGCACAUGUUUGAUAAGUAUGGAAAAUCUGUGAGUUUUGAGAUUUUAAGAUACUCUGCAGAAACAGAUCUUAAGAAGUUAGGCCAUUAUGUGUGCAAACUGAAGAAUGAAGUAGACUUAAAGAUAUUCACCAGUACGUUUGAUUUUCAUGACAUGGAGGUUCUUGAAGGCUUGAGAAUGUAUUUGCUUUCUUUUUACUUGUUGGGAGAGGGACAAAUAAUACACAGGGUUGUGGAAGCAUAUGCACAAAAGUAUUAUGCAGAUAAUGCAGGGAAAAGCACGUUUAUGCGCAUGGAUUCAGAUGAUAAAACAAGAGAGUUUGUGUUUAAUCUGUCGUUUUCUUUUCUUGCAUUGAACACGAAGUUCCACAAUCCGAAUGUGAAGCUAAAGCCAACAUUCAAAGACUACAUAAGUGAUUUCAGCGCUGAUGAGAUUCCAGAUGGGUUUGGAGAGGAGUACCUUGAAGCGAUGUAUACAUCUAUUAAGAGGAAUCCUCUUGAGUUUGCAGUGAAGAACCAGAUGGGUAAAGAACACUACAAGAUGUACAAGAGAAUGUGUGAGAAGCUGGCAGAUGAGAAUGAUGUAAAUCAGAGAUUAGCGCUUGAUGUAUAUCUGCCUGAUGCAAUGAAGAUGUGUGUGCAAUGUAAGAAAGAAGCAUAUAGAAGGAUGUUUUCUAAGAGCUUUAAGCGGUUUUUUUCAAUGGAUGCGAAGCAGUUUUACCUAGUAUGCAAUAAGCUGGAGAUGAUUUGUGUGUUUGAAGAGUACAUGAUGUAUUUGGUGAGGAGCAAAGAUGAUCUACAGUCGUUUGCGGACUCUUUUGUAUUCUACCUGAAAAUAGGGGGAGCGAAUGUUGAUAUGUAUGUGCUGCUGCUUGAAGCUCUUACAAGGAUUGAGAGACAGAAAGGACAUAAUGUAUUUUCUGAUCUUGGGAUUUCGUUUUUGAAGGUUAGUGCAGCAAAGGAGCGAGGAAUAAGUGUAAGCAAGGAGAUUUGGAAGCAGAUGGCUGAAGCAGAUGAAUGGGACCUGGAUGUGUUGUGUGAUGCAUUUAAAGUGUUUGUGGAGAAUGGAGAACGAGGGAUACAUGGGGAAGAUAAGCAAGGGAUUGGGUAUAGAAAGCAAAGUGAAAUAAGGUUUGUAAGGGAGUUUGUGGUUGAGGUGCUUGGAAGAAGCAGUAAAGAUGGAGGAGACUUAUCUAUGCUUGAUGAAGAGGACGUGGUCUGUUUGAUGAAGAAGUGUGUGGAAGGGAAUGAGAAAGAGAAGUUUUGUAGGAUUGCAAAGCAUGUAUGCUAUGAAAGUCUUUUGAAACUGUACAAGAAUAUUUUAGAGAAAGAGCCUGAAUUUGUAAGUGGAAGUGUUUUUCAGAUGUUUAAAGAAAUUACUGUGUAUAAUGAGGAUGGAUUCUGUUGCAUAGUGCUUUUGCAGAGCAACGGAGUGGAUAUGUUUGAUUUUGUUGUUGAUGUCAAAAGUGAGAGUGUGGUGUGCAGGGCAAUCAAUGCAGGCAGUGAUAAGAUUGAAGGGGGACUGAAGAUGGAAGAGCAGACAUGUGAGGAUAUGUUGAGUUGUUAUAGUGUUGAGGAGAAGUAUGCAAAGAACCUGACUAAUCCAUCGAACUUGUUUAAUUUUUAUGGAACGUCGAAUUCUGUAAUGAAUCAAUCAAAGGCUCGAAUGAUACAUAAGUCUGGAUGUCCUCUUGAUGAAAAUAUGUUUGAUGCUGAUGAGAUGGAUAAGAGGUUGAUAUACAUGAUAAAGAAGGCAGAUAUGAUGGGGAGUAGGGAUGUGACGAACUACACGCUCUGGAUAGUGAAUUUGUUAUCUUCCAGUCUUCCGCUGUUUACAAGAUUUUUUAUACGAAGCUUUGGGAUUCUUCUUACUCUUCGGGAUCAAAUGAUGACGAAUGGGUUUAUCAAGAUAUUCUGUUCGAGGGUAAGUAAGGCAUUGAAUGGAUCUGGCCUAUGCUGUGAUUGCGGAUACGCAUCAUUUGAAGAGGUUGAACAGUUGAUGGAGAUGCUUGUGAAGUAUGACUUUGCAACUAAUGAAGACUUUUUGUUCUACUUCAAUAAGAAGAGCGCAAAUGAGUCAGAUUGUUUGAUUGGAUCAGGUAAUGAAAGUGAAAGCAAGGAUGUGAAGGAAGGAAGUAUUGUGGAUGAUGGAGAUGUAAUGAGUGAUAAAUUGAAUGCUGAAGAAGAUAAAGGAGCAGAUGGGCGAUUGGAUGUUUAUGCUGAUGAAGAUGUUCAGAUAGAUGUGGAUGAUAGGUCUGGAGUGGAGUUGUAA